ACCCCCAACCUACAAAGUGACUGCUGCUGAGGGUAAUUUAUCAGUGUGAGCUGUAACGUCCGAAUUCGAGUCCAACGGAGAACAAAAACAUAGGUUAAGACCAAUUCUGUUCGACGUUUACGAUUUGUUUAACUCCUCUGCCCGGCCCUGCUCCGUGGCGGUUGUCUUUUUACGAUACGAGGAGACGGACGGUGCCUGAAGUGACAUAAACGUUAAUUCAUUCAUCCACAACAACAAUGGCAGCACAGGACUUUAAUUUUUUGCUCGCUACGGAUUCCUACAAGAUCACACACUACAAACAGUAUCCUCCAAAUGUCAGCAAAAUCUACUCGUACUUCGAAUGCAGACGGAAGAAAGGCUCCCAGUUCAGUGAAGUGGUUUUCUUUGGUCUGCAGUAUCUACUGAAGAAGUAUCUUACAGGCCAGGUGGUGACAGAGGAGAAGAUUCAGGAAGCCAAGCUCUUCUACCAAAUGCACUUCAGACAGUCAGUGUUUGACGAAGAAGGCUGGAGGAAAGUCCUGGAGAAACAUGAUGGCCGCCUUCCUGUCCGGAUCAAAGCCGUCCCAGAGGGAAGGAUCAUACCGAGAGGGAACGUGCUGUUCACUGUUGAAAACACAGAUCCAAACUUCUACUGGCUCACAAACUACAUUGAGACCAUGCUGGUCCAGAUGUGGUAUCCUAUCACAGUAGCCACCAUAUCCAGAGAGUUCAAGAAGAUCUUAGCCAAGCACCUAAAGGCCACAUCAGGGAGCCUGGAGGGCCUAGACCUGAAACUACAUGACUUUGGCUACAGAGGAGUCUCCUCGCAGGAGUCUGCAGCUUUAGGUGGAGCAGCUCACCUGGUGAAUUUCUGCAGCACAGACACAGUAGCUGGGCUGCUGAUGGCUCAGCGAUACUACAGCUGCCCGAUGGCUGGCUUCUCCAUUCCAGCAGCAGAGCACAGCACCAUCAUCUCCUGGGGGAGGAGCAGGGAGAAGGAGGCGUUCGAGCGAGUCCUGGACCAGUUUAGCUCAGGGCCGGUGUCAGUGGUCAGCGACAGCUACGACAUCUUUAAUGCCUGUAAACACAUCUGGGGGAACAAGCUGAAGGAGCGGGUCAUGGAGCGUAGCCAGGACUCGUGUCUUGUCAUCAGGCCGGACUCUGGAGACCCUGCAGAGACUCUUAUUGAGGUCAUCAAGAUUUUGGAGGAGUGUUUCGGCUGCUCUCUGAACUCUAUGGGAUACAAAGUGCUGCCAUCAUACCUGCGGAUUAUUCAAGGAGAUGGCAUCGACAUCCGCUCUGUGGAUGAGAUACUUGAGAAGCUAAGCGAUGAAGGCUGGAGUGCUGAGAACGUCUUCUUUGGCUGUGGCAGCGCUUUGCUUCAGAAGCUCAACAGAGACACUCUCAGCUGUGCCUUCAAGUGCAGCUACGUGGAGAGUAAUGGCAAGGGGAUGGACGUGUACAAACAGCCAGUGACGGACCCAUCCAAAGUCUCAAAGAGGGGCCGGUUAUCAUUGAGGAGAAACUCAGACGGCUUCUUGGAGACAGUAGAGAGAGGAGCAGGGAAGCCAGAGGAGGACCUGCUGGUGACCGUGUUUGAGAACGGUGUCCUGGUGAAGGACUAUUCCCUGGAGGAGAUCAGGAAGAACGCUCGGCUGAGGGACGAGGAGGCGAACCCCACACUGCACAACCAGGAGAAGGAGCUGCUCCACAAUCACAUCAUGAACGGCAUUCAUUAACAUUCACAAGGCCAAUGAUCCGUCUGUUUUUUAAGAGUGAACUGUGAUGAAGACUGCUGUGUUUUUAAAGUUCCUGAUAAAUGUAUGAACUCGUCGUGUUGAAUGGGAGUGAACAACUGCUAGCUGUCGUCCCCAAGCUCUUCUGCUCACACAUCAUUGCUCUGAGGAGGCCAGAUUACAGCAGAUUUAUUCACUUUCAGUUCUUACCAAACACUCAGCCAGCACACUACCCUGUCAGGGUUACGACCAGCUCGAAGGCUCAGGUUGAAUAAAAUAUAUAAUAAACAAAAACACUUGCAGAUACACAUAAAGAUAUUUUCAUAGAUGCUGAUGCAAAGCUGGGCAGUUUCAGACCAAAAAUGACAAAAUUUACAAUUCAGACAACAGUUUUCAUUUACUUCACAAAAUAUGAAUAGAAACAGUGUUAGUAGUUCUAGUAUUAGUGUUACAUAGUCAUGUAUGGGUUACAUUGAGUGUUUAAUAGUAUUUAAUCUGAGGUGUUGCCUCAUAAUUCAACAGAAAAUCAUUGCCACUUUUAAGCCCCGCAGUUCUGUACGGUACACAAACACAUUACAAAACUAACAAGAACUGCAAAAUAUAUAAAGAAGUAUAACUAACAAGCUCUAAAAGCCAUACCCAUCUUUUGUUUUUAUGAUUUUAGUGUAAACUUACAAAGCACACAAAUCCUAAAGGUUUUUGUCAUAAACAGAAGAAAAUUACAAUUUGAAUUACGUAAUUCAGGUCUACAUGAAUGCUUUUUAUGUUAUUCCUUCUUAUUAAUAAUACAGACUCUGCAUGUUAAAUUCUCCAUCUUAAGGAACAAUGUGCAUUAACACUACUUUUAAAAGUUGUCUCAUGAUCACUGCCAUUAAAGAGCCAUCUGUGACAUUACAUACCUAGUUCUAUGACUGCUCCCACUGGCAAUACUUGGGUAGAUUUACAUCUACCCAAGUAUAUUUGCUGUCUAAUUUUUUUACUUCUAUGUUUGUCUUGAGUCCCCAUCUGCUGUCACAAAGAGACAUCCUCUUAUACUUCCAAACUGGUUGAGUAUUAGGACCCACCACCUCCUCUUCUGCGACAAAUCACAACCCAAGUUUCUUAAAUGAUCAAUCACUACCAAAUGUUUUUAUUUUAAAAAAGGAAGCAUUUAGACCUGAAAUAAAACAAAAGAUGUGACACAACAAAAAGAUGGAGACAUGUCAUUCAAAGCUGAAGCACAUCAGAGACUUUUUGCCACAAUUUUUUUACAAACACACAUCUACAACCCACUGAAAAUUUCUUCAUGACCUUCUUUUGGGUCUCAACUCAGCAGUUGAAGAUCAAGGCUCUAGUACAUCCCUCUGCUAAAUGCACUGAUAAACAUGGGGUGCCUCAUGUUAAGAAUUAAGCUUCAUACAUUUGCUGUUGUCUCAACAUUUUUUCGCCGCUUCUUGCUGUCUAUAUCAUUCUGCAAUCUUGGAUCAUGGUUCCGAUAUGCCCCCUUAGCAAAAUAAUCCUUCACACACAGCUCACUUGCUGUGAUUCUGGAAUAUGCCGCUGAACACUUUAAAAAGGCGAGUGAUGUUGUUGGAGCAUGUUUAAACAACACACUGCUGAUGAAUAUAGUCAAAAGAGCAGGAAAAACAAAAUAGACAAUCAGGGCAAGAUGGCUAACGCCACCACCUGAGUCCAUCAUCCUGUCAGAAACACUGGAGUAAGUCAGAAAGUUAAAGUAUUUUUACAGCUUGUUUGACACAUUGGGGAAAUUGUCCAGUCAGCUUGUCGCCUUCAGAACGUUGGCCUCUGAAUGUGUGGACUGUACCAUUACUCCACAGCUAAGGGACAACUGUUUCGGAACAACUGCCCCAAAUGAGCCAGGUGUGAAUACACCCUUAGUUUUUUGUCUGACAUUCAGAAUCUGUGAUAUUUCUCCACUGUGGGUGAAUCUGUCAAAUGCAGUGCAUCUGUAGCUCUUCUGCCUCUGAACUGUAGAAAGCAGGGACCCCAGGUUUGGCAGAGUAUAUAGAACACACUACCAUGAUUUGGCUCCAGAUUUAGUCAAGAAAAUAAACGCUUGGACUAAAAGUAAAGACUAAAAUGUGAGGACUUUUUAUGUACUAAAUCUAGACUAAAAUGUUUUGAGUUUUCGUCGACUAAAACUAAAAAGAGUAGAAAUGACUAAAAUGAAACAUAGCUGCCAAAAUUAACACUGAUGUUAGUGCACCCCAUGUAUAGAUGCUAUAGCCCUCAAAGCUGGAAGCCUGGGUUUAUAUGAGAGCUAUGGCUCCUUUUCUGCAUGUCAGUCCCAACUUCCUGCCCAGUUUUUCCUCUGGUCACAGCAGUGUGAACUGGUCCUCUUUUAGAAUGUUGCAGAAUGGCCUGUCACGAGUAGUUGUGAGUUUCAACCAGUCUUGCUCUAAAUCUUUGGUCUGAACUGGCUUUAGUGUUGGAUUUAGGUAUGCUUUGUACCUGACAGAAGGGAGUCAUGAAAGUAAAAUGACAUAGGUUGGUUAUCUUGGAUCCUCUCCAGCUUCCAAAUAUGGAAAUAUAAACAAAUGUGCACCGUGCUGUGUCAAACUGAACUGGAUUCCUUAGUGAAAACAUACCAUGUGUUACCUGAAUUACACAGCUCGAUUCAGUGGCAUUAAACAUAACAUUACAACUUCAUAAGCUUCUAAAAUAAUUUUCCUUUAGCUGAAGAACUGGAAAACCCACACAGAGCAGGUAGUUAUUAACCAAUAUGACUUUACUUUACAGCCAAUUUAAGCCAUGAUUUGGAGUAAAACCUAGUACCAACCAAGUUGCAUUUAAGUCAGUUACUAACAGUUUGAAGCCAGCUUUGUGGCACAUUAAAACUCAGACACUGUACUAAACAGACCCAGCUAGUCUCUCAUCUCUCUUAAUGGUAAACCUCACAGAACUUCAUCAUCCUCAUUUGCCUCUGUAUUAGUUUCUAUAAGUGGUGCUAAAAUAGUUAUGCAGUCAAAUCCCACCGCACUAUUCUCACCUACCUGUGCAUCCUUGACCACCUGUAAUUCCAAUGUGCAUUAAUAACUUUGCACAGUAGUUUAAUGUGAUUAUGUUGAAACCAGUUAUGCAUAAAUUAUGCCUUACAGUUCUUACAUCUCUGGGUAAAUUAGGAUAAUUUAAAAUGUAGACAUCCAAAGCAUUUCAUAUUCCGUUGUAUUUGAUGAAGAUAAGGUGGUAGAUCAUUUGAUUUAAAUAAUUCCAGUGUUAACAAUAAUGUCAAAUUUGUUGAUGCAAUGAUGACAUAAUGGUUGUUUAUAACUGCCAUAAAUAAGGCAGAAAAAGCAGCUGAAGAAAAUCAUACAUUUUCCGUCUUUGCAGUCUGAUGAAUAUUGAGUAAUCUUUGUACAGAUAAACUGUGAAAGACAGCACAUUAAACUGCCUUGUUAAUUGAUGUAAGUGCUCUACUAAAACUCAGUAUGUUGUAGUUUAAGCUAACUGGAUUAGUCCAUUGUAUUGGAGCAUAAUAACUUAUACUGGAGAUUGGCUAAAAUGUGAUUGAAUUGUUGAUUGAUUUAUGCACAGACUUUCCCUCCACCUGCCUUUGUUUACUUCAACCUGAAGUACUCCACUUCCCAGACUGCCUUUCAACAACCUCUACACCUCUUUAAGACUGAUGUAGCGUGUAAAUGGCUAAUCUAAACCUUAUACAUAAUGUAAAAUAUUCUGCAAUAUUUCUUCUUUGUUUUGUUUUGGGGAUGUGGAGAUAAAUAAAACUCAGUGAGCCGGUUUUAUUAAUCCAAACAAAUGCAAAUGACUACAAAAUGAAUAAACACCUGCUAGUUAAAAGGGUCUAACAGUGAAAUAUUGAUGUGCAGGGUUGCUUCCAAGAUUGAUUUCAGAAUCCUAAAUAUUCAGCUGUAUUUUCUGCUUAGAGACCAUGACUCAGAAGUUGGCUGCUUUCUUUUGGCUCUUUAUUCUCUGUCAGUGUUGAUCAUUUUUAUUUUGUCUUGCCCAUUAUUGUGUGAAUGUAAUAAUCAUUAUGGUUGAAAAAAAUCCACUAAAAUCUGUUGUAUUUUCAUUUUAACCCAUUUUGAUGGAUAUUAGUGCUGAUGAUGAGUAUAUAUACAGAUUAUUGUAGUUCGCUGACAGUAAACCACCAACACUAGACCACAUGUGGUCCACGUUGUGUACAGUACAGACACUAAUUAUGUACCUAAGUAUAUUUUGUAAAUAUUCUUUUGAAUGAUUUGCUUCUAACCGAUCUGUAUCUUUUAAAUACCCCAUAACUUUGAUUUUGUUUAAAAGCAGACCUUUUAUAAGAUUAAAAUCCUUUAACACUUCA